AUGGAUCAAACAAAAAUGAUGUAUUCUUUGCGUGGCUUCUCUGUUUUCGAGUCAGGAGAGAAAAAUCCAGGCACAAUGGAAGUGUAUAGCACAAAAGGCAUAAUUUCUUUCGAAUGGAAACCAGAAAAAUGCUCGAAUUUAUAUUUAAUAAGUGAUAAAAUAGAAGAAUCACAAAUAUUCAUUUAUCUACACAUGCUUAAAAAGAUAGUUAAGACUAAUAAUGAAGACAGAUCAACCACUAUUCGAUUCAUUCUUCCGGACACGAGAACAAAUUUGCAUUUUAUCUUCCCAGAAUCCGAAAUUGUAGUGUGUGAAAGCAUGUUUUCAGAUCUGUUAUCAUCACAUUCAAUAACACUAGUUCCAAACGAACCAAAUUCAUUUAAUAAUAAUCUUGAAGUUGAAUUGAGAUACAUUGUUCCAGAAAAUUUCAUAUUAUAUAGCAAUAUAAUCUAUUUAUACUCAUAUAGAACAUCAUUAAAUAAGAUAUUAGACGACACAAAAGAAAUCGAUAAUAAUCCAAUAGAUUUAGAACAAUUACAGCUAAAAUUUGACGAACAAGGACAUUUACUAGACUAUUAA